AUGUCUGCUGCCCUUGCUCGUCCGUUGAUGCGGACCACCGCAACCCGCACCAUCCCUUCCCACGUCGCCGCCCGCUUCGAGUCGACCGCCGCCAAGAAGGCCACUGAAUCCGCGAAGGAUGCCGCUGGUAAGGCCAGCGAGUACUCGGCCAAGGCUGCCCAGGGCUUGAGCCGCGCCGCCAGCGCUGCCGGCCCUGCCCUGUCUGGUGCCGUCAACGCCCUCGGCAAGGUCGGCGGCCGCACCGGCAAGGUUAUCGGUUUCAUCGAGAGACAAGUCCCCUGGGUCGUCUACUACUCCCGCGUCGGUCUUGAGCUCUCCAAGAUUGUCUUCCACGGCCAGAAGAUGGCUCCUCCCCCCGUCUCCACCUUCCAGACCUACUUCCAGACUGCCCUGAACUCCCUCAAGAACCCCAGCGGUCUCCUCAGCUCCGCUUCUUCGACCGCCAGCUCUGCUGCCUCCGCCGCCGCCGCUGCUAAGCCCUCCGUUGUUGCUUCGCGUGUGAACGCCGCUACUCUGGCUGCUGGCGCCGUUGUCGCUGCCGAGUGCCUCGGUUUCUUCACCGUUGGCGAGAUGAUUGGCCGCUUCAAGAUCGUCGGCUACCACGGCGAGACCCACGCCGCUCACCACUAG